CGGGGGAUAGCCGGUGAACCGGCGGGCAGAGAGGAGAGCCAAGGCGCCGUACGGGUGGUCGUUGCCUGUUCCCAUUCUUCGGCCUGGCCACGGGCAUGGCGGUUGGGUAAUGCAUUUAUAGUGUGUGAGUGAAAGUGUUGCUCUCCCUUCUCUCUUCUCUUCCUCCCAUCUUUUUCCAAAAAACAUUCUCUCUCUCAUCCUCCCUCUCCGAUUCCUGUGCUCCUCUCCUCUCUUCUCUUCUCUUCCCUUCUGCCGUUUCAAAUUCCUCUCAUUCUCUCUCUUACUCCGUCCGACUGUGGCCAUUGAUAAUUUAGUAGAAUUCUUUCUAGCUUGGUACAUGUAAUCAAGAGGUAACUCCCUAUUUUCUUUUCUCAAUUGGGUCUUGGUUUCUUUUAACGGAUGAAUGAAUAGGUAUGGCGGAAUUCUCUCUUUUUAUUUAUUUAUUUAAUGACUUACUGCGAUCCUGGUCGAGCAAGAAAUUUCUUUUAUUUGGGGUUUAUGGAGCAUAUCGACUAGAAAGCUUUGCUAAAGUUGUGCCGAUUGGCAAAUGGCAAUGCUAUUGUUUAUGCUUCACCUUCUUUCAGAGUACCUGAUCGAUUUCCGCAAUUUGGUUUUCAUUUCAAGGAAAAGCAAACAUUGUUUAAUUCAAUCUUUGGUAAUCAAAAACCAUCUUCAGGUGAGUUUUGGACUGUUCUGGACGAAGAGAGAGACAGAGAGGGUGGAAUUUUUUUGAAAAAGGAACGCGCACACAGACAAACAAAACAAGAAUGUUGGGUUUGUUUGUUGCAGGGUUGAGUGGUAUUUGUGUUAUUGUUGUAAUGCCAUUGCAGCUUCGUUCGAGGAUGAAUUAUUAUUAUUAGCUUGGACAAAGAAAGAAUCAUCUCUUCUCUGUUCUUAUCUGAUUCGAAACAGUAGUAGUAUGUUUCAUUUAUUGCUUUCAAUUCUAGUCCGUGAUUCCGUCCAUUUCUCACUCUCUCUCUCUCUCUCUACCCUCUAAUCUAUCUGUCUCAGGGAGUAGAGUAAUAAAUUGCUUCUUUCCCCUGACAGGCUCCAUCCAAUUGCUUCUUCUGUGCUCUGCAACCAACUCACUCCACUCCACUCUGACUGCAGCUCGGAAUUUUAGCAACUUGAGCGCAGCUGACAGUUAGCAAUUACCCAUCAGAGCUUUUCAAGAUUGCUGGAUUAGGGUUCUUCUGGGGAAGUGGAGGGAUUAAAAGUGGCGGGCUGGAUUGUUGUGAGUCUGGCCGUGGGGUGGUGAUUAGAGAGAGAGAAAGGAGUGGAAAAAAAGAAGAAGGAUGUUGGUGAACAGUGAGUUUUGCUCUGCUCGCAUGCUGUCACCUUUUAGAGACGAGAGUGGCGAUGAAGAGCUCACCGUUCUGCCCAGGCACACAAAGGUCGUCGUCACGGGAAACAACAGAACAAAGUCUGUUCUUGUGGGCUUACAAGGCGUGGUCAAGAAAGCUGUUGGCCUUGGAGGCUGGCAUUGGCUGGUCUUGAAAAAUGGGGUUGAAGUGAAGCUGCAAAGGAAUGCGCUUAGCGUACUGGAACAUCCGACGGGGAAUGAAGUGAAAGAUGAAGAAGAAUUUGAUCUCUAUACCAGCAGUGGCUCUGACAUUGGUGAAAAGGACCAUGAUUUCUAUAAUGGCAGCCAGUUCCACAGAUUCAGCAAGCCUAGAGCUCGUCCAGUAGCCAAGCCAUCCUCCUGUUAUCCACCUGUAGUUCCAGCAGCUAAGUCGGUCAAUUGCAUAAGUUUUAGGGAUGUUCAGCCAAUUAUCCAUACAUCUCGGAGAAAAGUGAAUUUGGCGAAACUAGGGAAGGAUUCAUUGUGGAGAUAUUGCAAGCAUUACAAGCUAGCUGGCAUCAACAUUGAUUCACCGAGGGAACAGAUGCUCGCUGUUGUGCAACAGCAUUUCACGUCAAUGCAGCGACUCAACGAGAAGGAAGUGAUCAUGGGGUUUGUCAUGCACGCAGCAAAGAGACCGAAACAGUUCGCGAUACCACCAACAGCAAAGUGAAGCGAGAGUUGAAAGGCUACUACUACUCAGUGUAAAUAUUAGGAGAGAGAUAAUAACCCUAACCAUCUUUUUUAGAUCUGCUCUAAUUACAUAUGCAUAUGCUGAUGAUGUCCGGGAGAUGACCCUUUCCUUUGUUUUCUCCCCGGAUUCUAACACUGGCCAAUUUGGUUUCCCUCCUUUGCCUUUCACGUCCCAGGUCGGCCGUUGGAACUCUAGGUGUUUAUCAUUCAUAGGGUUUGUGAAGAAACAUGGCACUGCAGUGCAAAAGCUGUUAUCUGGCUGUAGAUAUUUUGUUGAUACGAUGAAAUUAGUUUUCUUGGUAUGACAUUGUUCACUUACAAUUCUUCAAACUGUUAAUGAUGUCUGCGACAGAUCUGUCCGUUUCAAUCUAUCAUUCCUCCUUGUAGUUGGAUCUGAAACCUCUUGUAUUUCGAUUCAUUACAAUGUUGAACUUGAUGCAAAGAUAACUCGUCCUAAUGGCUCGUAACGAAUGGGUCCAUUCGAGGACUCCAUCUCACGUUACCAUUGUCCCGACGAGCGCGUUCGCUGAUUCAUCCUCUGCCGUGCAACCCCAAUAACAGGGAGCCUAGAGU